CGAAGAGCAUGAAAGGAUUUCUCUUGUUUGUCUCAGAAGAAAAAUGAGCUCUGCAAAAGAACUCAACUAUCCUCACAUCCUAAUUCAGUACCAGAAUGGAUUUCUAGUAUCUAAGGUGAUGUUUACUGCCUGUGAGUUGGGUGUGUUUGAUCUGUUGCAAGAAUCAAAAGAAAAGUUGUCAUCCAAAGCCAUCGCAGAAUGUCUGAGGAGCGGCCUUCCUGGAAUGGAGAGACUGCUGGAUGCCUGUGUGGGUUUGAAGCUCCUAGAAGUAGACGUGAGCAAAGAAGGAGCUUUUUAUUGCAACACAGAAAUCUCUGAACAGUUUCUCACCAAAUCAAGUCCAAAGUCUCAGUAUCAUACCUGUAUGUAUUACUCCAAAACAAUUUAUCCUUGCUGGCAGUACUUGACAGAGGCUGUAAGGGAAGGCAAGAACCAGUACGAGAGAGCAUUUGGCAUUUCAUCGAAAGCUGUUUUUGAAGCUCUGUACAGGUCAGAAGAAGAGAUGCUGAAAUUCAUGUAUGGAUUGAAUGCAAUUUGGAGUCUAUGUGGCAGAGAUGUUAUAGCCGCAUUUGAUCUUUCCCCUUUCACUAUGAUUUGUGAUCUUGGUGGAGGUGCUGGGGCUUUGGCCCAGGAAUGUGUUUCACUAUAUCCAGAUUGUACAGUCACUAUUUUUGACCUUCCUAAAGUAAUUCAAACAGCCAAGAAGCAUUUUGUAUCACUGGAGAAACAUCAAAUAAAUUUUUAUGAAGGGGAUUUUUUUAAAGAUCCUCUUCCGGAAGCUGAACUGUAUAUUUUAGCAAGAAUCCUCCAUGACUGGUCAGAUGAGAAUUGUGUACAACUUCUCACAAAAGUGCAAAAGUCUUGCAAAACUGGUGGUGGUGUUUUACUAAUUGAAACUCUUCUGAAUGAGGAUAAACGUGGCCCAUUGGAAAGCCAGCUCUAUUCACUAAAUAUGCUCGUUCACACUGAAGGAAAAGAACGGUCACCAGCAGAAUAUAGCAAGCUCCUCACAGCAAGUGGUUUCAAGGAAAUCGAAAUUAAGAAAUCUGGAAAGCUCUAUGAUGCCAUUUUAGGAAGAAAAUAAUGGUUUCUUUCACCUUAUUAUAAAUGCAAACAAAUGAGAUAAUAUACUUGGUCUAAAUUGAGCUAAAUCACAUUACAGAACAGAAAUUAUAAUAUUAAUAACAGUCUAAAAUAUAAAAAAAUCCACUAUUAAUACACUUAAUGAACAGUGUAAAUCAGCAUAGAGAGACACCUGUUCAGACUUUUUUUGUUUACUUUUUUCUUUUAAACAGGUUUUGCAAAAGAAAUUAUGCAUAUUUUCAGCUAUUUUCUGAAGUUUAUUAAUAUCAUGUAAUAUUAGAAUUUCCUUCAUAUGAUGAUGGUGAAAGAUGGUUACGGAAUAUUAAGAUUAGUUGGAAAAACUGCACAGAGCCCUUAAGCCACAGCAACAAAACUUCAGAAACAAAAAGUGGAAUCCUAAGUCCAAAAAAUGCUAAAUGAAAUAUCUUUCCCCCUUUUUAGACUAGCCCAGUUCUGAAAUAAUGGUGUGUGAGAUUCAUUUUAUGUAAGGGGAAACUUGGUAAUAAAAUGUAAAAUUAACAAUACUUUGAGUCUGGGUUUUAAUCAGAAAAGCAUUUGAUUAAUUCAAUAUAUUUAUUGUAUAUUCAGAAGUCCCAAAAAAACCAUCCCACCCUGCUUUAGUUUCUCUUGGGUAACAAUGUCUCAAAAUGUAACACAACUUUACUAGGUUUGUGAUGUCUAUAAAUCUAUGAUAUCAAUUUUAUGGAAUACAAUUCCCUUCUUCAAUUGGUUGAAACAUUGUAAUCAAUAAUCAGAAUAGAACUGGAAGGGACCUUGAAGGUCUUCUAGUCCAACCUCUUGCCUACAUUUCAGAUAGGUGGCUGUCCAGUCUUUUCUUAAAAAAUUCUAGUGAUGAAGCACCUACAACUUCUGAAGGCAAGCAGUUCCACUGGUUAAUUGUCUUCAUCGUUAGAAAGUUUCUCCUUAAUUCCAGGUUGCUUUUCUCCUUGAUUAGUUUUCAUCCAUUGUUUCUUGUAUUGCCCUCUGGUCUUUUGGAAAAUAAGUUGACCCCCUCUUCUUUGUGGCAGCCCCUCAAAUACUGGAAUACUGCUGUCACGUCAUCCCUACUUCUUCUUUUCUCUAGACUGGCUAUACCCAAUUCCUGCAACUGUUCUUGAUAUGUUUUUGUCUCCAGGCUCUUAAUCAUCUUAGUUGCUCUUCUUUGCUCUUUUUCCAAAGUCUCAAUAUCUGUUUUGUAAUGUGAUGACCAAAACUGGAUGCAGUAUUCCAUGUGUAGUCUUACUAAGGCUUUAUAAAGCGGUAUAUUGAUGUGAUUUUGAUUCUAUGCCUCUGUUUGUACAACUAAAGGGUGUAUUAACCUUUUUGGCUGCUGCUGCCUAUUGCUGGCUCUUGUUUAAGUGAUUGUCCACUAGGACUCCAAGGUCCCUCUCACAGUUACUCUUUUUGAACCAAGUUUUGCUUAUUCUGUACUUGUACCUUUAGUUUUCCCUGCCUAGGUGUAAAACCUUGCUUUUCUCCACAUUAAAUUUCAUGUUGUUGGGUAGGCUCCAUUGUUCAAGUCUGUCAAGAUCUUUUUGGAUCCUGAGCUCUUCUUCUGGGGUUAGCUUAGUAUCAUCUACAAUCUUCUGCCAGUUUAGUACCAUCUGCCAAUUUGAUGAGUUCCCUUCUAUUCCCUCAUCUAAGUCAUUUAUGAAGAUAUUAAAGAGUACUGGGACUAAGACAGAACCUUGUGGUACCCCACUGCUUCCUUCCUUCCAUGUAGUACCAUUAAGGGCUACAUGUUGAGUAUGGUUUGUCAGCCAGUUACAAAUCUGGUGGUGAUGCUGUCUAUUUUACAUUUUUCUAGUUUACAGUAAGUAGGUUGUGGUCUAUUUGUAAAAUGUCUUGCUGAAGUCUAAGUAUACUAUAUCCACAGCAUUACGCUGGUCUAGUAAUUUAAUUUUCUUUGUCCUGAAUUAGGAGGAAUAGAUUUUUGUCUGCAUGUAAACCUGCACAUCAUACACAGAGUCAUAUAAAUAGAGAAAUGGCUAGCAGUAAGAAAUAAAAUGAAAUGCGAUGGAGACUGCCUAAUCAUUGAGGCAGUAGGAUUUGAUUCUUCUAUUAAUGAGAGUUUUACAGAAUAAAUGUUGUCUUGGCCCUUAGAUGGUGCUGUUAUACUAUACUUCAACCCCGAUGGCUGCUAGUUCCAGCAAUAUGCUCCUCUAUUAAUGUUGUAGAAUUCUACAGGUUGAGGUCAAGUUAUUCAGAUACAAAGCAGGUGGUAGAAUCUACCAGCUUCUUGAUGUUGCAGUGAAAAUAUUUCAUUACUGUACAAUAUUUUCUUGUCUGUAUGAAAUGUCAUCACAUAAAUGAUAAAAUCAUUCUGUUUAAGCAGGACGAUUUUCUCAAAUUACAAUUUUAAUCAUGUAACAAGUUUCCAUCCAUAUUUUGCAUAUUAAAUAAUUUGGGUAACUUUAUUUGAUGUGGAGGAUUAGCUUUAAUCUUCUGGAUCUACCUGCCACGUGAACAUUGCUUAUCUUUGCUUUUGUCUGGGAUAUCGUUAAACGCUCCCUCUCUGUCAUCAUUACCAAAAUGAUAAAGACUUUUUAAAAAAAUAUCUGAACAACUUGAAUUAAGCUACUUGUCAAACAUUAAACCCUGCUCAUAAGUAAGAUUUACUGUGGAAAUCUUUUUUAAAGACUGCCAUGUCUUUAGCUCAGCAGUGGCUCUUUUAGAUUUGAUCAUUACAAGGGCCUCAAACAAUUCCUUCUUCAAGCUUGUUUUAAGUUGAAUCUAAUUUGAGUUGGUUGCCAGGACCAGAGGUUUAAUCUUCCGAGCUUUCAGAAUUGUGCUGGAGCCCAUCCUCAGGGAACUUCUGUCUGACUAGAAAGUGCCUUAAGAUGAUUCCAUAAAGGGUAUGUUGGAGUCAGACAGCAUUCAAAUCAAAUGAAUGAUUAAAUAGGUAUUGUUUCAUAAUUCAAUUACAGUCAUACAUUGAAUUCUGAUGUGAUUAUAUGAUUGGUUCUAUGUUUUUACUACUUCUUGUGCUGGUUUUGAAGAGAGGAGUACUAAUUUUCUUAAAAUACUUGUAUUGGAAAGAGUUGUGAUGUGUUUUUAAAAAUGGAACAAUUUAUUUGUUUGUUUAUUUCUUAGUUGCAAUCAUUAAAUGCUUACUGAGCCUA